GCUCAAUUAUUUUUUUUUUUUAAGUUCGCAUUAUUUUUCAGAAGCAUUAGAUGAGUUAGAGUCAAACUAUAAUACAUUUUCUAUCUAGUGUCUAGAUUUAUUAGAAAUCUAAGUGAUUAAGUUAACCGAUUAAAAACCUGUAUUUAAAAUGCAAGAAAUAGUAGCUCCAGUUGAUGGCAUUAAAUUCGAUAUUGAAUUAGCUUUAGAACUUCAAAAAGGGGCACAGCCAUUACCUUUCCCCGGGAUGGACAAAUCAGGAGCAGCUAUCUGUACAUAUUUCAUCAAUUCAGUUUGUAAUAAAGGCUCAGCAUGUCCCUUUCGUCACAUCAAAGGUGAUAGAAGCAUAGUUUGCAAACAUUGGCUUCGUGGACUUUGCAAGAAAGGAGAUGAUUGUGAAUUUCUUCAUGAAUUUGAUAUGUCUAAAAUGCCAGAAUGCUUUUUUUUCUCAAAAUUUGGUCAGUGUAGCAAUAAAGAGUGUCCCUUUCUUCAUAUUGAUCCACAAAACAAAGUCCGUGAUUGUCCUUGGUAUGAUCGGGGGUUUUGUAGGCAUGGUCCUAACUGUAAAAACAGACAUGUUAGAAGAGUUAUUUGCCAAUGUUACUUGAAUGGCUUCUGUCUUGAUGGUCCUAAUUGUAAAUAUGUUCAUCCAUCAUUCAAGAUACCAGAUCCUGACCCUAUAUUUGCCCAGAAGAAGCAGUCCAUAGUCUGUCAUCUCUGCAUGCAGCCAGGUCACAAAGCCAUCCAAUGCCAUGCAGCUAAACAACCAGGGCAAACUUUGGAUGACUUAGUACAAAUACAACUCCAGGCAUCUCAACAAAUGCAACAGCAGCAGACCAAUCAGACCACUCAAAGAGAAAGACGGCCAUUGGAUCAGAUAACUUGUUUUAAAUGUGGAGAAAAAGGUCAUUUUGCAAACAGAUGUCCAAAAGGUCACUUAGCAUUCCUUUCCGCAGCUAACUAUGCAAAUAAUCAGAGUACUGGUACUGGGAAUCCAGCAUAGUUUGAAUUGAGUGUGAUGAAAGUACUUGAAACUUAUGAACAUAUUAAAUGUAAUACGAGAUGAUACAAACAUUUGUAUUUUUUGCAAACAUAAAGAUGUGAUGCCAUAAAUGCUCAGGAUAACUUUCUUGAUGGCUCAUUAAAAAAAAAAUAAACAGUCUUUUAGUGUAAUCUAAAUCACUGUCAUACUAUUGCUUCUUGCUUAGUGAUACAUACCACUAAACAUUUUAUUUGGUUGUAGUGUUUUUAAAUAAAGCAUUAAUUAAACAACAUUUUAUUCUAAAACAUUGUUUAAAUGAUUUUGAGCUUCAGUAUUAGUUAAACAUCAAUGUAUACUAAUUUCAAUAUGAUAGGUUUAGUAGCCCAAAUCAUGGCUCAGUUAUACACUUUUUUAAAAAAAAAAAUUAUAUGGAAAUAUUUCAUACAAGAAAUAUAGCAAAACUUAAUUCAGAUUUUAACCUGGAAAAAUAUCAUUGUGUCUUACUAAACUUUUGAUGACUUAAAAAAAAUGCUUUGAAAUUCUCUCCAUAUUUUUAUUUUAAUGAAGCACAGACAAUGUUAAGUAUAUUAAAUGCCAUUGUUUUGAAAUAGCACCCUUUAUAAAAUAAACUUUCAGAAUUAAAGUUUAUUAAUUUGCAAAAGUAGUUUAGUUUGUGCUACAAUAUUAUUCUGUUAUAAGCUGUUGUCACUAGAUACGCCUUUUUUUUUUUCUCAAGUUCUAUAUCUAACUUAAAAUUACUUGAGUGGUUUCUCACUUUUUGAAACAAACAAAACAUGAGAACCAUUGUACAUACAAAAUAUGUUUCUUGAUGAAUGCUUCAGAUGUUUGUAUUAAACUUUUUUUUUUAUGUUCCAAAGCAGCAUAGUGAAUUUGAAAUGAGACCAACAAGUGUGAAUAUUUUGUUGCAUAUCUUACUUUGUGUACAAUAAGUUGAAUGAUUUUUAAAUUAAAUUGUAAUAUAAUUGUGUUUUAACUAAAUAAAAAAAAUGCACUUA